UCUAUCACUUCUUCUUGAACGCGGUGAACAAAACAAACGAGAGGUCAGACAGAGAGAGAUAGAGGGGAGACUCUGGAAUUUGGACAUGGAUACGUUAAAUAGCUUAGUUUAGAUCGGGGACGGAUCGGAGCUCAUGAAGGCAUCGACCGGAGUAGGUUUGUCGAUGCCUAAUUGCUUCUCAAAUUACGUUGAAUCUCUCUAGAAAAUGGAUCCCAAGCGGAGAAGAAUUUUAGAAUCGACAACGAAAUCUUGCGCCCAAAUGGUGGGAGACCGAUCAAGAAAUUUCAAUCCAGGCCAGCCAUUCAUCCAAUGCAACACCACCAAUCUAUGCUAUGGUGGUAAACCUGAGCAAACCUUCCCAGAAUUUCCCCUAGACACCGAAAACCAGAGCUUAUAUCAACCAGAGCAUGAGGUAAAGGGCGCAAAUCAAUUCAAACCAAUUCCAAAUGUCAAUAAUGCAAUUUUAGAUUGGGACCCAAGAUUGGUGCUAAGCAACCUCUCCUUCCUUGAGCAAAAGAUCCACCAAGUUCAAGAUAUAGUCCGGUCUAUCAGUAACCAGGAAGGUCAGUUCUCCAACCGAGCUAAUGCAAUGGUGGCUCAGCAGCAACUUGUGACAGCAGAUCUGACUAGCAUCAUAAUUCAGUUGAUCUCAAUGGCAGGUUCUCUUCUUCCUUCUGUCAAGAAUACACUUGUCUCAACUAAUCCAUCAGUUGGGCACUUGGGCAGCAUCGUAGGUGCUCAAACUAGCUCCGGCAUAAAUGGCGGUCAGCAGCAGAACGAGGUCAUGCGUAUGGAGGUACCCAAGGCUUCAGCAUAUGAUGAUCUGAUCGAAGGUUUUAACGGUGAUGGGAAUGAAGGCAGUGAGCUGAUCAAUGGUUUGAAGAGUCAUGGGAAUGAAGGUGAUGAGCUGAUCAAAUGUCUUAAAAGUUCUGAGGGUGAGGGGACUGAAUCCGUUCCUGUUGAAGACCAUGAUGUGAAGGACUGUGAUGAUGGUGUUGAUGGAGAAAACCUUCCCCCUGGCUCCUAUGAAGUCUUGCAGUUGGAAAAAGAGGAGAUUUUAGCACCACAUACACACUUCUGUACAAUAUGUGGGAAAGGAUUCAAGAGAGAUGCUAACCUAAGGAUGCACAUGAGAGGCCAUGGAGAUGAGUACAAGACCCCUGCUGCCCUUGCCAAACCUAACAAGGAAGCAAGCUCAGAACCAGCACUUAUAAAAAGGUACUCAUGCCCCUUUGUAGGGUGUAAGAGGAACAAGGAGCACAAGAAGUUCCAACCUCUCAAGACGAUUCUCUGUGUGAAAAAUCAUUACAAGAGAAGCCACUGUGACAAGAGCUUUAUCUGCAGUAGAUGCAAUACCAAGAAGUUUUCAGUUAUUGCAGAUCUGAAAACUCAUGAGAAGCAUUGUGGUCGUGACAAAUGGCUAUGUUCCUGUGGGACAACAUUCUCAAGGAAGGAUAAGUUGUUCGGGCACGUUGCUCUAUUCCAGGGCCAUACACCCAUUCUUGCAGUGGAUGAAACCAAGGUUUCGGGAAUAUCAGAUCAAGUACGGGGCAAUGAAGUGAUGAAUGGUAUUGUGGGAAGUAUGGAUUAUAACUUUGCUGGCAGCACCUUGGAUGAUGUUCAGAUUCUCAAUGAUAGAGGUGUUGAUGAUGGACGAGGAUGUUUCUCUCCUAUGAACUUUGAUGCUUGUAACUUUGGGGGACUUGAUGAGUUCCCUCGUUCUGCAUUUGAGGUUUCUGAAAGUUCAUUCUCCUUUCUUCCUUCUGGGUCAAGUGGUUUCAUUCAAAGAAGUGGAGAAAACUGACUCCCAUCCUCCCAUUAUGGCGGCAAUGGCUGAGAAGCAUCAUCGAUCUGCAAGAUAUAUUGAGUUUCCUGCAUGAUUUCACUAAUUUCCCCAUUGCUUUCAAUGCGUGGGUGGAACCAGCAUCACUCAACUUUCUCAUGUUUGGCAUAUGCCUCUUUCGCAUAUAUCCUGUGAUGUUAAUUAAUGAUAGUUUUACUCAUCAGUUACCAUAAUAUUUGAUUGUGUUUUUUCCCUUGGCAAUCUAUGAAUAUUUAUUUUAUUGUCCACAAUUCAUUG